AUGGCGGACGCAGGUGCGAGGCCCGUCGAGGGCGAUACUGCCUCAGAGAAGACCCGUGAGGUGGAGACGUCCAACAGCUCCACGCGGACCUUGACUCCGAGAGAAAGCGACGAGCGGCAGCAGAAGAAGUCAUCCGAGGAGAAGCCCAUCGAACCCGAAAUUGAGAGCGAGAGACCAACAGAAAAGGCAACAGUUCAGUCCUCGGCGAUAUCAGCAAACGAGAGCCAUAACGAUGUGGCCAAGCAGCCAGACGUCGACGACGACGUCGAUGAAAAGGCCGAUAUCGAAGGGGGACCAUCCACGGGGCCCCCGCCCGUUUUCGAUGAAGCCGAGGAAAACUUCAAGCCGAAAACCAUUACCUUUUGGCUCGUCAUUCUGUCCAACUUUGUAGCAAUGUUUCUCGUUGCUCUGGACCGCACAAUCAUUGCCACGGCCAUCCCACGCAUCACUGAUGAGUUUCAAAGUCUUGGCGAUAUCGGCUGGUACGGUUCAGCGUACAUGCUCACGACUGCGGCCUCGCAAUUGGUGUUUGGUAGAAUCUACAAGUUUUACAGCCUGAGGGGAGCAUUUCUUGGAAGCAUCCUCAUCUUUGAGAUUGGUUCGCUAAUCUGCGGUGUGGCGCCGAGCUCGUCGGUGCUCAUUGCGGGCAGAGCCAUUGCCGGUGUUGGUUCGGCUGGCAUCUUUACGGGAGCGAUGAUGGUCAUGAUUCCCAUGAUCCCGCUGCACAAGAGACCCAUGUUCCAAGGCAUCUUUGGCAUGGUGUUCGGUCUGGCGUCUGUCAUUGGACCCUUGGUUGGCGGUGGCUUCACGAGCAACGUCACAUGGAGAUGGUGCUUCUACAUUAACCUCCCUAUUGGAGGCGUGGCGUUCGUCUUUUUGUUCUUCAUGCUCAAGGCUCCCAGGCGGCAGCCUCAAGAGCCGGCUACGCUGUUCCAACACUUUAAGCGCCUCGACCCCUUGGGAACGUUCUUCUUCGUCCCCUCCGUGGUAUCCCUCCUUCUGGCGCUCGAGUGGGGCGGAUCAGAGUACGCGUGGAACGACGGCCGCAUCAUCGCCUUGUUUGUCGUUUUCGGCAUUGGCUUCAUGGCCUUCGCUGCCGUGCAGGUCUUUAUGCCCAAGACCGCCACUGUGCCUGUCAGGAUCAUCAAACAAAGAACCAUGCUGGCGGGUGCCUUCUUCAUGCUGUUCUUGGCCGGCUCGAUGAUGCUGGCCGUGUACUACCUGCCCAUCUGGUUCCAAGCUGUGCAGGGAGCCAACCCGGUCAACUCGGGAAUCUACACCAUCCCUCUCGUCCUCAGCAUCGUGGUAUCCUCCAUCAUCUCCGGUGGCGCGACGCAAAAGAUUGGAUACUACGUCCCGUCCAUGAUCCUCUGCCCCUGCAUCAUGUCCGUGGGCCUGGGCCUGAUGAGCACUUUCCAACCAGGCAUCAGCUCCGGCCACUGGAUCGGCUACCAGUUCCUGACCGGAUUCGGCCUGGGCUUCGGCAUGCAGACCGUUGGGCUCGCGGUACAGGCGGUUCUCCCCAAAGAGGACGUGUCGACCGGCGUCUCCAUCAGCUUCUUUGCCCAGCAAUUGGGAGCCGCAGUCUUCGUCUCCGUUGGGCAGUCCAUCCUCAGCAACCUGCUCGUGUCGGAGCUCUCGGGCAUCCCGGGGCUGUCUGCGCAAGCCAUCGUCAACACUGGCGCCACCAACCUGCACACUGUUGUGCCGGCGCAGUUCUUGGACGUGGUUGUCCGAGCGUACAACUACGCCUGCACGCGCAUCUUUUUGGCCGGCAUGGGGCUGUCUCUCGCGACGCUCAUCUGCGCCUUGUUUAUGGAGUGGAAGAACAUCAAGAAGAACAAGAAGCAGCAGCGGGCCAAGCAGCGUGUCAGCCAGCUGAGGCCAGGAGACAUGGGCGCGUAG